AUAAAAAAUAAAAAAUAACAUACAUCGACGGCAACAUGACUCACGACGGCCGUAUGGUGAGGCAAACGAAUAUCUUUGCGUUCAUAGUGAACACCAUCCUUUGGCGUGCCAUUAGGCGGAGACGGGGAUUCGUCUUCCUCUUCGACAAUGAAAGCACCCUUGACGUUUAUCUUCACGGAACCCGGGUUUGUCAUUGCCUCCUCAAUGCGUCCAGCGAAGCCGCGAUCUUCGGAGUGCGACUUGCGAUGCCUGAGGCGGGCGGCAGCAGUGGCCUCGGUGAGAGAUCUUCUGGCACUACGCAUGGCGGCGCAAAGUCAGGCGUGGGAGUGUUUGGUCGCAUUUGAUGGUCAUUAUAAUAAAGAAUUUCAACAAGCCUGGGAGGGGGGUUUUUUGAGUGUUGAGGUUUUUUUUGCGGUCGCCGUGCCCACGCUUACCGCGUAUAUCUCCUUCUGGCCGGGAGUUCAAUGGAUGGCGCCGAGGAAAUGGGGGUCGAGGGCGGACGGGCGCCGAGGAUGACGUCGAAAAACCGGGGCAAUCGGUGAUACAAGACAAGGAAGAAUGGCAUCGCGCGAUAUAAAAAUCGAAUUGAGGAGAAUGUUGGAUAUUCUUGGGUGGUGAUGGCUGUCAACCGCUGCCGAUGUUUCUCCAGCAUGCAUUUCUCAGCCCAGACGAACCCCCGAUUGGCGGCUGGGCACAAGCCAAGCGGAAACAGACCAACAGCGCCUUAAAUAUAAAAUUGAUAUUAAUAAGAUAUUAUUUAACUAGCAUUCUAAGCAUUCGCUUUUAUUAUUACCGAUUUUAUUCUCUAAAUAUAACUAUAUAUACCGCGCGUGUUGAUCGUGCGUCUACUCCGUACAGCUAAGGAUAAUGUUGGUCUGGACUCAACCAAGGGGAGGCGACAUAGAACGGUUCGAUCCACAAAAUAUCUUUCUUCUGUCUGCGUCUGCUGUUUCCGGGAAUAUCAAAUGCUGAUGAUAUUCGCCUAUUCUCUGGUUUGCUCUUACUCUUCUUUUUUCCAAACUGCAAAACAUCCUCUCCGUCGUGGCUGCUGUCUGGACAUCCAUGGCAGUGACGCGCGAUCAUGGCUGCACAAGAAAGACCGCUCGAGGGUGUUGAUAAUGAAUAUUUUGCAACCUUGGGUGAGAGAAUUGUUAGUAAAUGAAAUCAGACGUGAUCAUACAUAUUCGUAUACAGUACAUCACAGUGAAUCUUGUGCUAUCGAUUCUGGUAUACCACAGUUGCGGUUGCUGCCAUCUGUCUUGUUCAUCAUUUUACAAUCACAGGGGCAUUUAUUCCCCCCCAAAAACAAGACAUUAUCUGCCGUAGAUGCCUUCCAGGACAUCGCAGUUUAUCCAUGGGAACUGCAUGUCUCGAUCUCGAUCUCGAUAUUUAGUCUGAACGCGGUUUCUGGUUGCUUCGCUAUCUUUACCGAAUCACUCUCCAGUCCUUUGGUUAUUAUUCUUCAAACCAUUACCAUCAGCCUAUCCGAGUCAUCGACUCACCUCCCUCGAAGAUGAAGCUUCUAUUACUCCUGUAUCUCGUCUGCUUGGUUCACGCAAACAUCAUCUUCGAGCAUUCCCCUCUUAAGUGUGACCCGAUUUUGCCAGCAUUUCAGGGAUGUUUUCGUGGCCAGCACUGUUCGCGGCGUGGAAUAUGUGAGGACGAUGAUCCGCAUGCCUCGGAUGGUUCUCAAGUGUCAACAACUCAACCAUCAUAUUUUGCAACAGAUAGAGCCGAACCUGCCACUUCGUCACCCAUAUUCGAUCAGGUGGUAUCACAGGAGGGUGGAGAUGAUACUUGCGAUCUACAGAGUGGCGAUGGCGACGCCGACGGGAAUCGAAUCGCGAAGGGCACAUAUACUCCAGGCGAUUCUCAGAACUUGGAACAUCCAAGUGAACAUGUCAUGGCUAGCGCACAUAGCCUUCUCUCCACUAGGACCCCCCAAGGCCCCAAGCCUGCAUCAAAGUUAUUAACUCGAAAGACAUAUGAUACCAAACUGAGACAAAGGCAGGAACAAGAAAAGCCAGAAGAAGGGUCUAAGGAAACCAUUGACGGUCUUUGCGGCCCUGACAACGGUAAUACCAUUUGCGGUGAGUGGCCGGCAGGACCGUGUUGCUCCGCGUACGGUUUUUGUGGGAACACCUCAUCUCAUUGUGGCCCUGGCUGUCAGUCAGGGGCAUGUGAGACAGAAAACCUUUUCGAGCUUCUGAGUCCCAGUACCUAUCAGCCAGACACGGUUCACGGAACGUUUAAAGUUGUUGGCCAAUCCGGGGUUCCCGCAAUGUCUGCCGCUCUUCUGGCCAAUGGUCGGGUUGUAUUCGUAGACAAGGUCGAAAACUAUACCCAGCUAGUCCUAGACAACGGUCACUAUGCGUAUUCGUCUGAAUAUGAUCCGCUGACGAACGAGGUAGUGCCAUUGGGCUAUAAGACAAAUGCGUUUUGCUCAGGUGGAGUAUUUCUAGAAGAUGGGCGCCUGAUCAACCUUGGUGGAAAUGCUCCGUUGGCAAUGGACCCUACAGUUGGCGAUGGAUUCCGAGGAAUUCGAUACCUAACACGACCUUUAGAGGAUGGAGGUUGGGACGGAACGCCAUGGGAUGAACCGGGUAACGAGCUUUCAUCGAACAGAUGGUAUGCAAGUGCUCAAAUUCUUCGCGAUGGAACAGUGUUCGUUGCUUCUGGUAGCCUUAAUGGGCUCAAUCCUUCCGUGAUAGCGAACAACAACCCGACAUACGAGUUUCUCGAUAAAAAUGGAAUUUCUCAUGGCCAGAGCGUCUUAUUUCCAAUUCUCGAAGAAAACCAACCUUACUACAUGUACCCAUUCCUACAUCUUUUGAAGGACGGCACCGUUUUCGUGUUUGUUGCACGGUCAGCUGAAGUUUUCGAUGCCUUUGGUCAGGAGACGGUUAAAAAACUGCCAGACCUGCCUGGUGAUUACCGUAGUUAUCCAAAUACUGGAGGGAGUGUCCUUCUGCCUCUGAGCGCCGCAAAUGGAUGGGAUGAUGACAUAAUAGUAUGUGGUGGAGGAGCAUUCGUGGGGAUAGCCAGUCCAACGGAUCCGACAUGUGGACGAAUUAAGCCAUUGGCGGAGGAUCCUCAGUGGGAGCUUGAGCUGAUGCCCGAAGGUAGAGUUAUGAUAGAAGGUAUGAUACUUCCUGACGGAAAGAUACUUUGGCUCAAUGGUUGCAACCGUGGUGCACAAGGAUUUGGGAUCGCAAGAGACCCGUCCUUUGACGCAUGGAUCUAUGACCCCGACGCUGCCGUGGGCCGCCGGUGGAGUGUCGGGGGCCAGUCAGAAAUCGCACGAAUGUACCACUCUGUCGCGCUCGUUUUGUUAGACGGUACGGUUAUGGUUGCGGGAUCAAACCCUGUGGAACAACCGGUCCUGGUACCCAAUCCCGACAUUGAGGAACUAGCAUUCGUCACCGAGUUCAGGGUAGAGAUAUAUACACCUCACUAUCUCUUGGACGGAAAAGACAAAUUUCGGCCAUACGAUGUUGAGUUACCUAACAAACGUUUCCCUGCGGAUAGUAGGCGAUUCAUGGUGAACUUCAAAGUCAAUGGAGAACCCGAAGACCUGCGCGUGGUGCUCUACCAUGGUGGGUUCGUUACCCACUCGCUACAUAUGGGCCAUCGGAUGCUAUACCUGGAUCAUGAGGGCUACCAUCCUAAUCGCAUAAGGCAAAGAAUUUUGGUUACUAUGCCGCCGGAUAACAAUAUUGCGCCGCCUGGGCCAUAUGUGGUUUAUAUUGUGGCGGAUGGGGUGCCGAGCGUUGGACAGUUUGUGAUGGUUGAAUGCAGCGUUAAUUAGGGAAUUAAGUUAGAGGGGAAAUGGAAGAUGGUGAUUCCCUUCUUCUAUUAUUUUCGUUGCUUCUCACUUCCAUUUGCGUUUCACUCGCCUUCUUUUUUUUCCUUCAUCUUCAAUCUUCAAGGGUAUGGGUUUGCUUGAACGUUAUGGUUUCUUCUGUAUCUUUCUCUUGGCGAAUAUUAUGCGGGUAAGGAACACUCCAGCAGUCUUUUAGUUUACUAGAGAUACCCAAAUAGUCUACGACAAAAGUCAUCGAUUUUCUAUUACCCCCUCCCUCAAUGGCGGUGGUAAGUCAUCCGGAGUUCAUGAAUGUAUUUUAUACUUCCUAGUUGGAAGGUUUUCUCCUUCCGUACUAUGCAAGUUCAGAGCAAUCGGAAAAUGGAUGAUCCGCUUUUCGGCAAAUUCUCUUACUUCCACGACUCGGACUUGUUUAAAUAUGCAUCC